AACGAGAACGGUCUCAUUUUGCACGGAAAAAAAAGGCAUUGGACGAAAACCAUAGGACAAAAACAAAUCUCGCCACCAAAAAAACAUGCCCCUUUCCCUAAAAGAGACACAAACCAAACCUAUGCGCCACGAAGAAGAAGACGAGGAAACGUUCGCAAACGCCAUGCAAAUGGCACUUGGCUCGGUGUUUCCGAUGACCAUGAAAGCCGCGGCGGAGCUCGGCCUCUUCGAGAUCUUAGCCACAGCGGCUCCCGGCGGAGAUGCUGAGCUGUCGGCGGCUGAGAUAGCCGACCAGCUGAGUAACUGCACAAACCCUGAAGCCCCAAAGAUGGUGGAGAGGAUCCUACGGCUCCUCGUCAGCCACGGCGUGAUUCGUUGCAGGGUCUCCGACAAAGGGGAUAAGUUGUACGGUCUAACCCCCGUGGCCAAGUUCUUUGCGCCCAAUGAAGAGGGUUUCUCGCUCUCUCCACUCAUGCUCCUCGCUCAAGAUAUCGUCUUUCUUCAGAACUGGCGUCAUCUGCAAGAAGCGGUGUUGAAAGGAGGAAUAGCAUUCAACAUGAGCCAUGGGAUGUACGUAUUUCAGUACCCAUCCACGGACCAAAAGUUCAACGAGCUCUUCAACACGGCCAUGUUCCACCACACUUCCAUCGUUCUCAACAAGGUUCUUGAGACCUACAAGGGUUUUGACCAAGUCAACUCCCUCGUCGAUGUCGGCGGCGGUGUCGGAAUCACCCUUGACAUGAUAGUCAACAAGUACCCUCGCAUGCAUGGCAUCAACUUUGACCUUCCUCAAGUCAUACAACAUGCCCCUGCGUAUCCCGGAGUGGAACAUGUUGCCGGAGACAUGUUCGAGAGCGUUCCAAAAGGAGACGCCAUCUUCUUGAAGUGGAUAAUUCACAACUGGGACGACGAACACUGCGUGAAGCUGCUGAAGAACUGCCACCAGGCAACACCGGAGACAGGGAAAGUGAUAGUGAUGGAAGUGGUGGUUCCUGACGUUCCGGAGACAAGCUUGGCGGCUCAGGACAUAUCUCACGUUGACCUCCAAAUGAUGACUCAAUUUCCCGGGGGCAAAGAACGAACUCGGCAAGAGUUGGAAACUUUGGCUGCUGUCUCUGGAUUCGGCGGCGUUAGAUUCGUCUCUUCUACUCGUAGCUUCUGGAUUAUGGAGUUCUUCAAGUAGACCCAGUAUUUAUGUUAUUAUGUGUUCUUUCUUAUAUUUCAGUUUCAUAUGCUCCGGUCAAUGGCGA